AUGCUGUUUUGCCAUUCCUGUCCUCUCCAGUCUUCCAUUCCAUUGCUUACCAUGACGUUUCUGUGUCUAUUAGGAACCAGUGUUGUUCGAAGGGUGGCGGCUGGCCGAGGAUUCACCACUGCUUUGACGAUUCACCGACCAGCUUUUUUAUCCCAGGCGCAUCAUCAUCAUCAUCAUGGCUCUUAUAGCACCGUGUCACUACUGGGACAAUUGCGAGGAGGCACCCAUGAUUCGUCUUCUAUUGGUAGUAGUGAUGAUGACAGUAGUAGUAGUAGUAGGAUCAAGCCCAAGAAAACAUUGAAAAAGGCACUUCGAAGAUCCAAACGCAAGAGGACUUUGACCACACAAACACCACAGUCGUCGUCGUCGUCAUCAACUACUCAAUCCAACUUUGCCACCAAUCUUCACGUCAGCGUGGCGGCCGAACAGGGCUAUCGAUCAUACAUGGAAGACGAAUUUGUGGUGGCACAAGAUUUUUGUGCCGUCUUUGAUGGUCACGGGGGAAAGGCCGUCUCACAGUAUUUGAAGCAGAAUCUAUUUGCCCAUUUACAAGCAACCUUGCCCAGUGUCUUGGAGGAAAAGGAAAAGGAACUACAGCAGAAACAACAACAUCAGCAGAAUGAACAAGAACCGACAAACCAACAAGACUCUCAAGAAUUGGUUCCAGAUGACGAAACACCACCCCAAUCUGCGAUUCCAUCAGAAGAAGAAGAAGACAAGUCCACUUCAGCAGCCGUCGAACCUACAGUCGAGGACUACUGUGUGGCCUUGCGCUUGGCACUCGACAAGGUAGAUCGCGAAGUCCAACGCAUCAAUCACUGGAGUUAUCAAGGCAGUACGGCCGUGGCCGCAUGGUUGCAUCACGCCAGCAACAACAAUAGUAGUAGUGAUCAAGACGAAACAACAACAACAACCACAUUGAUUGUGGCCAAUAUUGGAGAUUCCCGGGCCGUCUACGGUCGUCAUGGUACUGCCGUGCCACUGACCCGCGAUCACAAACCCGACGAUCCACUCGAGCUCCAGCGUAUUCAAGCCGCUGGAGGCACUGUCGUCUGGCACGGACGAGUCGAUCCCACCACGAAACAGCCCAUUCCCGACCAAGGCGUUUAUAGGGUAAAUGGCAAUCUGGCACUUUCUCGGGCCAUUGGGGAUCGAUCCGAACGACCUGCCGUGACGGCUGAUCCGGAUAUCACCUAUUUGCAACUGUUGAAUGCUAAAGAUGACGAAGCAACAACAACCACAACCACCGCAACGGUAUCAGAACCACAAUCACAACCUGCACAACAAGAUGUGGCAACGAAUAGUAGUACUGCUACUAGUACUUCUACUGGUGAAGACAACAAAUUGUCUGACAAACCCAAACGCAAGACGGAAUUUAUCAUUUUGGCCACCGAUGGAUUAUGGGAUGUCUUUUCCAAUCAAGAAGUUGUGGAUAUUGUAGAUCUCUUGUUGGACAAGACACGAGGAGAAUUGAAACAUCAACGACCCAGGAUUGCUGAUGUCAUUGUUCGAGAAGCCAUACGACGGGGAACCUUUGACAAUGUUACGCUCAUUCUCAUUUGGCUUCGUACAGGGGAUGAUGAUGACGAUGAGGAGGAGGAGACCAAGCAGGAAAGUACAGUAGUAUGA